GGACUGACGACCUGGAACGCACUGUUUGGUCUUAAAGGCAGGGAGCCUGGGCCUGGCACAUGGGUUCUCGUUCAAGGAACAGGAGGGGUGAGCAUCGCCGCGCUGCAAUUGGCUGUGGCAGCCGGAUUGACUGUUGUUGCCACAACCUUGUCCGAGGAAAAGACGAAACGCUUGAGAGAUCUCGGAGCAAAGUACACCGUCAACUACCGCGAAAGCCCUGAAGACUGGGGUCUCAAGGCCAGGAGUUUUACUACGAGCCAGAAGGGCUUCGACACCGUUGUUGAAAUCGGCGGCGACGACUUCCUCACCCGAUCGAUCACAGCAGUCAGCACUGACGCCAUUGCUGUGGCAGCGGGCCUAGUAGGUGGACAAGCUGAGCCUGUUCCUAUCUUAGCAGCUCUCUGUCGUCCGUGCAUUGUCAGGGGCGUAUUGCUGGGCAGCUGGAACCGGUUCCGAGAAAUCGUUCGUUUCAUCGAGGAGAAGUGUGACAAGCCAGCUGUUGAUGACGUGACAUUUGAGCUUUCUGAGGUCAAGGAUGCGUACGCACGGCUGAAAGCGAGGAAGCAUUUCUCUAAGAUUGCCAUUAAGAUAGAACAUUGUAUCAACUCGAAGACCACUAGAGCAUGCGGUAGUGUUUCACCUACUUCGUUGAUAAUAUUCUUCGGCCUGUGUUACUACAUGAUGUGA